GGCAGACAUUGUUUACAGACACAAUGGACACGCUGUAGCUUUGGCUUUAACUGCAGCGGAGUUUGGGCACAGAAAAGUCACAUUAAACAGCACACGUAUUGAAAAGAAAUAUAGUUUAGUGCGCUUUAUCAUCUGCAUUUGCACAGGACUGUUGACCGCGGAGGAUUUUGCAGGAAAAGAUUCCAUUUUUGUGCUGUCCCUCCUGGAUGCUGACCUGCAGACGUCCUUCACAGACUGUCCAUGCUCUAUUCACACUCCUGAAAACACGUUUAGCUCCGCUGUCCUCACAAACCCGUGUCCAGACUGUCCAUGUGUUAGCUUCACCUCUGUAUUCCACCCUUUUUCCAUCAGCUCCACAUCCCACCCGCCUCUCCCACCUGUCUCCCCUCUCUCCCCCGUCCCCUCACUGGCCCUCCUCCCUGCCCCCUCACCAGGCCCUCUUCAGCCUGGCCAUGUCGGAGCAGAGGUUCAUCGUGGAGUACGCCAAGCGCGGGACGGCGGGCUGCAAGAAAUGUAAGGACAAGAUCGCCAAGGGGGUGGUGCGCAUCGGCAAGAUCGUGCCCAACCCGUUCAGCGAGUCGGCGGGCGAGAUGAAGGAGUGGUACCACGUCAAGUGCAUCUUCGAGAAGCUAGAGAGGGCCAGGGCCACCACCAAAAAGAUCGAGGACAUCACCGACCUGGAGGGCUGGGAGGAGCUGCAGGACGAAGACAAAGAGCUCAUCAACAAACACGUGGCAGACUUGAUGACAAAAAUCAAUGCCAGUCCAAAGAAGAAGGUCCAGGCCAAGCUGAACACCAGUGGUCAGCUCACAUCGCCCCCUGCUGCUGACCCAACCACCAAUGCCCCGCGCAAGUUCUCUGGAUUCACUGCAGCUAAAGCGGGCCCCUCGUCCGUCAGCCUGGGGUCCUCUAGCUCCGCCCCCUCGACUCAGGGCAGUGCUCUGUCUGCCCAGCUGUGUGACGCCACCCACAAGGACUGCCUCCUCAGAGAGUUCCGCAAACUGUGUGCCCUGGUGUCCGAGAACGCCAGCUACAACACCAAAACACAGAUCAUCGAGAGGUUCUUGAAGAAGGGCUCUGGAGGAGAUAAGUUCCAUGGGGACCUGUUCCUCACGGUGAAGCUGCUGCUGCCUGGAGUGGUGAAGAGCGUGUACAACCUUAACGACAAGCAGAUCGUCAAACUCUUCAGCCGCAUCUUCAGGUGUAACCAGGAGGAGAUGGUGCGCGAUCUGGAACAGGGGGACGUGUCUGAGACUGUGAGGAUGUUCUUUGAGGACAGUAAGUCCUUCCCUCCUGCUGCCAAAAGCCUGCUGACACUCCAGGAAGUAGAUGCCUCUCUGACUCGACUGGCCCAACUCACCAAGGAGGACGAGCAGCAGAGUGAGCUGGAGGACAUCGCCAAAAAAUGCACCAGCAAUGACCUGAAAUGUAUUAUUCGUCUGAUCAAACAUGACCUGAAGAUGAACGCUGGAGCCAAACACGUUCUGGACGCUGUGGACCCAAACGCGUAUGAUGCAUUCAAGGCUUCAAGGAACCUGGGAGACGUGAUCGAGCGUGUGCUAAGGAACCAGCAGGAGGCAUCCAAUGGCUCGGGCCCCAGGAAGCUGCUGACCAUAGAGGCAUCGCUUAUGACCCCAGUGCAGCCCAUGCUGGCAGAGGCAUGUAAGUCUGUGGAGUACGCCAUGAAGAAGUGUCCUAACGGCAUGUACUCAGAGAUCAAGUACGAUGGGGAGAGGGUCCAAGUGCACAAGAGCGGAGACAGCUUCAGUUAUUUCAGCCGCAGCCUCAAGCCCGUCCUGCCUCACAAGGUGGCCCAUUUCAAAGACUACAUCCCCAAAGCUUUCCCCGGAGGUCACAGUAUGAUCCUGGAUGCAGAGGUGCUGCUGAUCGACACAAAGACCAGCAAACCCUUGCCCUUUGGGACUUUAGGAGUCCACAAGAAAGCUGCCUUCCAAGAUGCUAACGUGUGCCUCUUUGUGUUUGACUGUAUCUACUUCAAUGGAGUGAGCCUCAUGGAGAGGCCUCUGUGUGAGCGCAGGAAGUUUCUCCAUGACAACAUGGUGGAGGUGCCCAACAGAAUCCUCUUCUCUGAGAUGAAGCACGUGACAAGGGCAGCAGACUUGGCUGAUAUGAUCACAAGAGUCAUCAGAGAAGGACUGGAGGGCCUGGUGCUCAAAGAUGUCAAGGGCACGUAUGAGCCUGGGAAGCGUCACUGGCUGAAGGUGAAGAAGGACUACCUGAACGAAGGCGCCAUGGCCGACACUGCAGACCUGGUGGUGCUGGGGGCCUUCUAUGGAAAGGGAUCUAACGGGGGCAUCAUGUCCAGUUUCCUGAUGGGCUGUUUGGACCCAGACUCUGGGAAGUGGUGCACUGUGACCAAAUGCUCUGGGGGUUAUGACGACGCCAUGUUGGCCCGACUACAGAAGGAGCUGGACGUGGUCAAGAUUAGCAAGGACCCCAGUAAGAUCCCCGGCUGGUUGAAAAUUGUGAAGAAUUACUAUCCUGACUUCAUCAUCCGAGAGCCUAAGACUGCUCCAGUGUGGGAGAUCACUGGAGCCGAGUUCUCCAAGUCUGAGAUGCACACUGCUGAUGGCAUCUCCAUCCGCUUCCCCCGUAUGACCCGUGUCCGAGACGACAAGGACUGGAAGAGCGCCACCAACCUGCACCAGCUCCGGGAGCUGUUCCGCAUCUCUAAAGAGACCAGUGACUUCCAAGUAAGUGCGGGGUCCUCAGGGGCCAAAGAGGAGAGGAGCUCUUCAGGAGGAGACUCUCCUCCACCCACAGCCCCACCCCCUGCCCCGCCCUCUGCUGCCCCAAAGAGGAAGAGUGCCAGUACUCCCAAAGCAAAGGCAGUGAAGUCGGAGCCUCGUACCCCAGGCUCAGAGGCUGGGAGUGCUAAAAAGGUGAAGAAGUGUGAGGUGCACACAAAUGGACAGAGCCAUCACAGAGGCAGUGCUCAGCUGCUGGAGCCCUCCAAGGACAAGACUCUCCUAGACAUCUUCAGUGGGGUGAAGCUCUACCUGCCCUCCUCGAUUCAGGACUUCCACACUCUCAGGAGGUACUUUGUGGCCUAUGAUGGGGACCUGGUCCCCGACUACGACUCGUCCUCGGCCACCCACAGCAUGGGAGAGGUGGACGAGGACUGCCCGGUGCAGAAGGUGUCACCGCACUGGCUCUGGGAGUGCAUCCGUAAGAGGCGCCUGGUGCCCGCCUGCUGAGACCCACAGCACCUACCUCACAACAAACACUGCUCUGGACUGGCCUGGCCUCAUCACAUGACCUCACACACCUCUGGAACAAUACAUAAUAAUGACCCAUUUGUGUCUCAGUCUCUCAUUCUCACACACAAAAUAAAGACACAGAGCUCAACAGUGGAAAACGGUAACUAAUGAGCACAUUUAAUUUACAUACAUUUUAUUUUUUAAAUGUCCUACAUUACAUAAAAUUAACUCUUGUGCAUUAAGCAAUGUCAGAAUGUCAAAAACAUGCCAGGAGUUGUGUUUGUUUCAUUCACACAUUUGAGUAACACUUUAUAGUCUGUCUACAUCUCCAAAGCUCCAAAUGCUCUUUUCCACCUUGUGAUGUCAUGAAGUGGUAGUUUCCAAGUUAACAGUUCCUUUUAGCUUUAGUUCGAUGGAGACUGGCAAUUCCAGGGCUGAAUUUAUCCAAAUGAUUCUAGUAAAGGUGUGUGGAGUGUUUUCCAUUUGAGAGAAGAACUCGGCUGAAAUCUGCAGGGUUUUUGUGUUAAACGUGUGAAGAAAAAAACAGAACUUGACAUAAUACGGGCAAAUGUUUUUGUACUAAAAAUAAUGGCGUCAUUAGUUACACAGCUGCUUAGCCUCCGAGUGGUGACUGAACAGUGACAAUUAACAGCUUUGACUGUUGAGCUCUACACUCAUGUACCUCUGGCUCUGUCCUCAGCCAGUCACAAAGCUUCUUCUCAUUAGGAUUGUUUUGAAAUAUAACUACUCGACGACACACAAUGUGAGAUUAGGCCACGAGAACGAGACAAGGCAAGAUUGUGACACAGCUGAUGAUAAUUCAGGUCACAAGUUUGGCAUCACAGUGUUUGAGUUCUGUUUUUAAACAGUUUUGCUGGAACAACAGCAUCUGACGAGGUGGAGCUUUGUUAAAUUCACCCACACCAAUCUAAAUGUGAAGUGGGAAAAAUCAUCCAUUUUUCUCAUAUGCAGUUUUAUCUGAGGGAUCUUGUUUCACCAGAUCUUGUCCUGUCCCAUAACUACACCUACAUUUGCCUUAAUCACACAUGGAUAGUGACUUGGGUCAGGCUCAAUAACACGGCUAUAGACAGGUUAACAUUCAUCUAUUUAUUGAACACGGGGCGUUUGUGAACACUCAGCCUACUUUCCUUAAAGCUGCAUUGUGUAACUUUUCUGGUGGAGCAUCCGUCAAAUGCUUUUCUCCAUCGAGAUGUUAUUGCUUUGUCUGGAAUGUUUCACAGUAUGGCAUUAAGCCUUUCUAUCUUCAUGGAGACCAAACCAAGUUACAGGUCAGAUCUGUGGAGAGGCAACCCAGGUCACAGUCACAAUGUCUGUUUUUCUAUGUAUUUUUGAGCUUUAAAACUAACUGUAAAUUCAAACAUUGUAUGGUAGAACUGUUUAAUGCCAUACAGUGGAACACUUUAAGGCAGAGCAAUGACAUCUCCAUAGAAACAAGCAGGUGACGGAUUCCCAACCAAAAUGUAUGUUUCAGUUUUUUACAGUUGUGUCAGAAGAGUGACAUGGUUUGAGUUAAAGUUUUUCCAGAUUAUGAAUGGUAUUGAAAGUAGAAUGUUUUUGUUUAGCUUUUUAACAAAUUGAAAAAAAAAUAAAAAAAAUCAUGUCAUGAAUUAUUAAAAUGUUAAAACACA